AUGAAAAGAUCAGGAACAAAGUUUAAUGCAAAAAGAAAUUCAAUAGCAACAGAGUCAGAUAGACCAACAGAAGAAGAAAGUUUGACAAGAAAACAAAGAUUAAUACAGGAAAGGAAACAAAUAUACAAAACAUUGCGAAAUAAAGCAAGCUUGUUAUAUAAAAAUGCAUAUUUGCAUGAGUUUAACUGUAAUUUACGAGAAUACAUGCAUGUAUUCUAUUAUUAUGGAUAUUGUCCAUUUGAUAAUGCAUUACCAGACAUUGGUAAAGCAAAGUUUUAUAAAUAA